AUGGCAGCUCAGCUCACAGAGACGUAUGCAUGUGUUCCUUCAACGGAAAGGGGCCGGGGCAUCUUAAUUUCGGGCGACCCGAAAUCCAACUCCAUCCUUUACACCAACGGGCGAUCCGUUGUCAUUCGGUACCUUGAUCGUCCCCUUGAAGUCGCCGUUUAUGUGGAGCACGCUUACCCCGCCACCGUCGCCCGGUACUCGCCCAAUGGGGAAUGGAUCGCCUCCGCUGAUGUGUCCGGCGUGGUUCGGAUCUGGGGGACCCACAACGACUUCGUCCUGAAGAAUGAGUUCCGGGUUCUCUCGGGUCGGAUUGAUGAUCUUCAGUGGUCCCCUGAUGGAAUGCGUAUUGUUGCUUGUGGUGAAGGGAAAGGGAAAUCUUUCGUUCGGGCUUUUAUGUGGGAUUCAGGGUCGAAUGUCGGAGAAUUCGAUGGUCAUUCGAGAAGGGUUCUGAGUUGCGCAUUUAAGCCCACAAGACCAUUUCGCAUUGCAACUUGUGGAGAGGACUUCUUAGUGAACUUUUAUGAAGGACCACCAUUUAAAUUCAAACUAUCUCACAGGGAUCAUUCAAAUUUCGUAAACUGUAUUAGGUUCUCUCCAGAUGGUAGCAAAUUCAUCACCGUUAGCUCUGACAAAAGAGGUAUCAUUUAUGAUGCCAAAACAGGAGACAUAAUUGGGGAGCUGUCUUCUGAAGAUGGUCAUAAAGGGAGCAUAUAUGCUGUCAGCUGGAGUCCUGAUAGUAAGCAGGUGCUAACAGUGUCUGCUGACAAGACUGCCAAAGUAUGGGAAAUAUCUGAUGAUGCCAAGGGCAAGGUGAAGAAGACUUUGAUAUCUCCCGGAUCUGGCGGUGUUGAUGACAUGUUAGUUGGGUGUCUCUGGCAGAAUGAUCAUCUUGUUACAGUUUCUCUUGGAGGGACUAUUUCCUUGUACUCAGCCAGUGAUCUUGAAAAGGCUCCAGUAUCAUUUUCCGGACACAUGAAGAAUAUUAAUUCAUUAUCUGUGAUCAAAAGCAACCCAAAAAUUAUCUUGUCAAGUAGUUACGAUGGUUUAAUAGUUAAAUGGAUUCAAGGUAUUGGAUAUUGCGGGAAGUUAGAGAGGAAAGUGAAUUCUCAAAUAAAAUGUUUUGCCGCUGUUGAAGAAGAAAUUGUUACAUCUUCUUUUGAUAAUACGAUUUGGAGAGUUCCUCUAAAAGAAGAUCAAUGUGGGGAUGGAGAUUGCAUUGAUAUUGGAAGUCAACCAAAGGACAUGAGCAUUGCCCUUCUUUCUCCUGAACUUGCCUUGGUCUCUGUUGAUACUGGAGUAGUUCUUCUUCGUGGUACACAGGUGCUUUCUCAAGUUAAUCUUGGGUUUCCUGUAACUGCCUGUACAUUGUCUCCUGAUGGUACUGAAGCCAUUGUUGGGGGUCAAGAUGGUAAGCUGCACCUAUAUUCUGUAAAUGGGGAUAGUCUUAAGGAAGAAGCUGUCCUUGAAAAACAUCGGGGGGCUGUUACUGUGAUUCGUUACUCCCCAGAUGUUUCCUUAUUUGCGUCAGCUGAUGUUAACAGAGAAGCAGUUGUUUGGGACCGUGCAUCUCGAGAGGUGAAGCUAAAAAAUAUGCUGUAUCAUACUGCCCGCAUAAACUGCUUGGCCUGGUCUCCAGAUAGUUCCAUGGUUGCUACUGGAUCACUUGACACCUGUGUGAUUAUCUAUGAAAUAAACAAGCCGGCAUCAAGUAGAAUUACCAUCAAAGGAGCUCAUUUGGGUGGAGUGUAUGGAUUAGCUUUCACUGAUGAACAAAAUGUCGUCAGUUCUGGUGAAAAUAUCAGUCAUGAAAUUGGGAAUGUGUCCAUAAAAAGGUUUUCACCGGGUAUAUACUAUGCUGAAGAAGUCCUGAAGGCUGAAGUCUCCCAAGAUGCUGCCAAGGAAUGCUGUACUGUUUGA